AGUUGUCAAACGGUGGUUAUGGAGAUGAGCGGUGGCAUCUGCUGUAUUUGGAGCUCAGGAACGGGAUGCCUCAUAAAAUAGGCUUCACUGUGAUCAGCUGGUCUGGUCAUGAAGAAAACUCCAGUGCCAAAAAGCUGAUGGUCCACGCACCCACUGUCAAUGGCUGGAGAUCCAAUAGGUUCUGUCUGUUCCCUCAGGAAAUUACUCUACAGUUGGUGGAGAGAUGUCGCAUCAAGAAGCUGCAGCUGUUGGCACAUCAGUACCUGAUCCCAUCCAAGAUCGAGUUCCACAUCGGAGACAGACUGCCAGAGCCCAGCUCACCCCAGCAGGCUCAGAGCCUCCACAGACUGGGGUAUGUCUCUCUCUCUGACAAUGAGAAGACCGGUUUCAGAGCGAGAGAGCUGAAGUCAGUUCAUGUUGAUGCAGUGGGGGCUUACCUGAAGCUCACCUUCCACAGAAACCAUGUAAAUCAGUACAACAUCUACAAUCAGGUCGCAUUGGUGGCCCUAAAUAUUUUAGGGGACCCUGUGGAUGGAAAUGAUGGUGGCACAUCGUUAAGCCGAGAUCAGCUGAUUGAUCAAUAUCUUAACAACAGCCAAUACAGCUUGGCCUUGGAUGGCACAUACACAGGGCUUUCGAGUUAUAAAUGUGAAUCUAUCUCACCACUUGAUGACUUGGCAUUCGACAUGUAUCAGGACCCUGAAGUGGCCCAUAUCAUUCGUCUACUGGACCAGAAAAAACAGGACAUGGUUCGGCAGGAGAGAUUCGAGCUGGCGAAAAAACUCAAACAAGCUAUCGCAGACUUGCAAAAGGUGGGAGAGCGUUUGGGGCGGUAUGAUGUGGAGAAACACAGUGCCAUAGAAAGAGAGGACUAUGACGCAGCCAAGCAGAAGAAAGAUCAAAUGGAUGCUUACAGGCUCACACUCUACCAGCAGCUGGAGCUUCACAACCUGCUGGACAUCAGUCAGAUCCAGAGAAUUGCAGAGGUCUUCGAAUGUGAAUUUCCCUCUCCAAGAGCUGGGACGCAAAAACUCACACCUUGUCCAGUGGACUCACCCAGGAAGAAGAAACCGAACCAACAUUUGAAGGAGACCCAUGAGCAGGACACCCCAAAACCAGCUAGCCCUAAACAAACAGUUGUUCCAACACCUCUCACUCCUCCUCCACACGUGCCCAAGAUUGAUAUCAGUUCCCUUCCUUAUGAUGAGAGGCCUCUACCUGCCCUUAGGAAGAGAUCGAGUGAGCCUCCGGUCAGUCAGCUCGAUGAAAUGCACCCUCUGACAGAAUCAACCACCUCACGCAGCCCUGGUGUCACAGGACAUCCAGAACCCCUCACAGAGAAAGCCCAGAGAGAGGCCAGUCUUCCCAUUGAGAUCUAUGGAGACAGUCUGGUGGCAGGUGCCUAUUCAAAGACAUGGACAUACAGGGAGGAUGCCUUGCUGGGAAUUUACAAGAAGCUGAUGGAGGUUCCACCCGGAACCCCAAAAGCAGAACUGCGGAGCAUGACAAGAGCAGCUAUAUUCCUCUGCAAGAAAGCUCUAACAGAUAAAGUGUCAUCCGUGUUUCAGGCAUCCCUAAAGCUGCUUCGGAUGAUUUUGAGUGAGUUUAUUCCUGGCCAUCAUCUGGGCAGAUCUGAGAUCAGUUACUGUGUGGAGCAGACCUGGAAUAAUCUGCUCUCCAGGACCGGUGACUCUGCCCUGAGACUUAGAACACUGGCCAUCACCUUCAUACAGGAAAUGGCUUUAUUUAAGGAGGUGAGAUAUCUGCAAAUGGUGCCUUUGGAAAUCGUCAGACCCAUACAAAGCAAUCUACCCAUGAGGUUGGCACUUAGCAGACUGGAACUGCUGGAGAAGCUUGUAGAGCAGCUGGGAAGCAAAGACUCUGGCUUCACACUGGACAACGUCAUGCGGUUUUUGGCAGGUGGGUUGGAGCACAGCGCUGCCUCAGUGCGGGAACUCUCUGUGCGAGUUGUCCAGGCCAUGUACUGUCUUCAUGGUAAAGCUGUUCUGCAUUAUCUGCCACCUGAUGACACCAGCACACGUAAAAAUGUCCUCUACAUGAACCUCUUCGACUCACUUGCAAAAUUAAAUGGAAAAACCUUAGACAUGCAGAAGCCAAAAAAGGGAGGAGAAUGGGAAGAAGGUGUGAGAGAGAAAGAGGAAAUCAGGAGCUUACAGGAGCAGCUUGCAGUACUGAAGGAGAUUAGUGAAAAAGGGCAGGAAAAUAUCAAAGUACCUGAGAAAAAAGCUGAGAUGAUGACUAAAUCAGCAGGUGUAAAAAAAGGAACCCAGUCUGUCUCUGCUAAUGUGAAAGGCAGCCAACCAGCUAAUUACUUAGACAAUCUGUGUAUUUUCUGUGGGGAGAGAGAUGAGUCAUUUACAGAGGAUGGACUUGACCUGCAUUAUUGGAAACACUGUCCGAUGCUACAGCGCUGCCUGCAGUGUAGACAGGUGGUGGAGAUUGCUAGCCUGACAGAGCACUUGCUAACGGAGUGUGAGCGGAGGGCAGAUUUUACCCAGUGUCCUCUCUGCUCAGAAGCCUUUCCUCGAGACAAGUUAACUGAGCAUGCUCAGAGCACGGCUUGCAAUCCACCAUCCCCUGAAGAAAACUGUAAUCACUGUCCUCUCUGCCAUGAAAACCUUGUCUCAGGAGAGGAGGGUUGGAAGUCUCACCUCAUGGGAGCAGAGGGUUGUAAACAGAACUUACGGAGGAGAGUGGUACAGCGGAACACUCUCUCACACACACAAGGAAAGAUAGUCAGCACAGCUGUAGCUAAGACAACAAUGGGCAUAUCCGAUUCUAAGGCUCAAGGGCUGGGGAGAGGCAGUCGCAUCCCUGCUCCUGCUUCCAGAAUCAACAGAGGCGCCAGAAUUCUCCCAGGCAAGGUUUCUACCCACCGACUACAACAGGCAUAGCACAGGCAAUACAUGCUAACUUUACUGGAAUAAACCUCCUAUGGCUGAUUCAUAUCAAAAACGUCAAUUUACUUUCUAUCAGGGGUUGUCAGGUUUAACAUAAAUAUUGCACUCUUAGUGCUGUACUGGUUUAGAAAUGUUCCCACACAAAAUGAUUAACAGUCAGCAUCAUUAUUCUGAGCACGAGUUGUUAUCAAAGACACCUGAUACUGGAUACAUUUUACCCAUUACUGAAUGUAAUAGAACAUACAUAGAAAGCUGGGAAAAUCUAUAAUGUGUUUUGAUGGUUUAUGAACAAGGAAAUACUUGACCAGAGAAACAGGUUUAUGAGCAGGUUUUCUGUUCUGUGUUAAGUUUUCAAAUUUUCUAAUUCAGGUUGCUGACCUGGAUUUUCUAUUGUAAACUAUUUUAAAUGUCUAUUCUUAUCUCUUGAUUUAUACUUGAUUUGUUAGGUUUGUGUUUGUCUAUUGUAUGUGAACAUUUUGUGAUUGUAGCACUUUAAUAUUUAUUGUUUAAAGCAUCACCAGCAUCAUAGCCAAAAGUGAAAAGUAGCCUUUCAGAAAAUAAAACAUUCUGAGAUAGAAUUGGAGCUCACAGAGAUAAUUUAUCUGAUUCACAUUUUGUUAUCUCAAAUUUAGAUAAUGCACUUAAAUUCCUCUAGUCUUUUCCACACAAUGUUUGUUCAACAAACAAAAAUGUAGUUUUUCUUGAAGAGAGCAGAGAUUCAAGUUGUAGAACUGCCUUUUUGUUUCCCAGAAAAGCAUGACUUAUUGGAGCAGAGACAGUGCCAACACAUGAGGUCACUGCUGGCAGAUUACAGAGCCAACACUUGAAAACAUGUAUGUUGUACAAGGAUGACACUAUUGGACUAUUAUUGACUCUUUUGUCUUUGCAUGUAAUGGAGUGUUAUCUGCAACAAACUAUUAGUUGUUGUGUUCAUUGUGUUUGAAUUCUUCAGUUCAGAUUUUGCUUUUCAAGUGGAUCCUUGUAUUUAUAGAUUCAAAACAUUAAAGGGAUAGUUCACCCAAAAAUGAAAAAUCUCUCAUUUACUCACCCUCAUGCCAUCCCAGAUGUGUAUUACUUUCUUCAGCUGAACACAUACAGAGAUUUUUAGAAGAGUAUCUCAGCUCUGUUGGUCCAU